AUGAACUUUUAUUUAGUAUCAUUGAAAAAGAGACCAUUGUCACUGAAAAAGAAACAAAAAUUACUGAGGAAAUAUGAUGAACCGGAAGUGGAAAACAAGGGUGAUGAAAAGAGUAUGGAUUCUAGUAGCGAUAAAGAAACAAAUAAACAAAUUUCUGCUGAUGUAGCCAAACCACAACUCACUACUACAAUUGGCGGAACAAAGAUGACACAGGAGACCGAAGGGAAUAUUAUUAUAAAUGAGGAUGAAUCAAUACGCAAACGAGAAAGAGAUUUAAUGAAAGCUAAUAGUAAUGAGGAUCCAAAAUGCAAAAUUGAGAAAAAUGAAAAAGCUGCAGCGCAGGAGGAACCAUUACCAGAAAUAAAAGAGGGGACAAUGGAAGUUGCUGAUGAUGAUGACCCGAGAUAUAAGACAUUAUACAUUUUCAUGGACAAAGAUCUUGACGUUUUUGGUCCUGAUAAAUGGAAACCAGGACAACCUGAAAUUGGUACGAGGAAAAAUAUAUCCGAUGAGGAGUUUAGUGUUAAAAUUGAAAAACUCAAAGCACGAUAUGGAGCAAUAGCGAAGACAGAACAAGGAGAUGCAAUCAAUUGGGAUGUUUUCCUUAAAAAAGCAAAAGAUGUGGAAGAAGACGGUAAUGUAUUAAAAUUUACAAUACCAGCAGAAAUUGCGCCAAAAGUGAAAAAGCGAAAAAAACGAAAAAAGAAAUAA